AUGGUUGUGGCGCGGCGGGUGAGGGUGGAGGAUUUCUUCAUGGGCUGUGCCGUGCUCCUCAUGAUUGGAAACACGGCGUCUGUAUUGCUGAAGGCCUUCAACGGCAUCGGCGUACCGGACAAGGACCUCCCGCAUUACAGACAAGUCAAGUUUAAACUAGGCUCCUGGCUCGUCAUCAAGUUCUGGUCGGCGUCGAUGAUAUUCGCCAAGCUCGCCAUCAUCCUGUUCCUCCGUCGAGUCAUUGGCGUGAACCGCACAGCUCGCGCCGCGUUGGAUAUCCUUGCCGUUCUCGUCGUCAUCUGGGGUGCGUCCAACUUCUUCUACACGAUAUGGUUCUGCAAGCCUGUCGCGUACUACUGGGACCGCACGAUAGAGGGCGGCUGGUGCGUCGACAAUGACUUGUACAUGAUUGAGAGCAAAAUCAUUGCGAGCACGGCCGUGGCCAUGGAUGUUGCGAUGCUUUCGAUCCCCAUCCCGACCAUCUGGCACUUGCAAAUCCGGCAGAGGCAGAAGAUUGGCAUCACCUUUAUCCUCUGCAUUGGUGUCGUGUAA